AUCUUUGCGAGCAUCGCCCCUUCCAUCUACGGGCACGAGGACAUCAAGAGGGGCCUGGCGCUGGCUCUCUUCGGCGGGGAGCCCAAGAACCCAGGAGCGUCCCUGGGCGUGCGCGCGGCGGGGUCCGACGAGCCUGGCCCCGAGGGCCUCACCUCCACCUCCCUGCUGGACGUCCUGCAGCCCACGGGCCUGGAGCCGCUGGACGCGGAGGAGCCCAGCGAGGCCAUGGGCCUGGGGGCCGGCCUGGGAGCGCCCGGCUCGGGCUUCCCCAGCGAAGAGAGCGAGGAGUCCCGCAUCCUGCAGCCGCCGCAGUACUUCUGGGAGGAGGAGGAGGAGCUGAACGAGUCAAGUCUGGACCUGGGACCCACUGCAGACUAUGUUUUCCCGGACUUGACGGGGAAGGCGGGUUCCCUCGACGACCCCAGCCAGGCUCGAGAACUGCCGAACCUCCCCUCGCCCUUGCCCAAGAUGAAUCUGGUCGAGCCGCCCUGGCACAUGGGUCCGGAAGAGGAGAAGGAAGAGGAGGAAGAGGAGGAGGAGAGGGAGAGGGAGGAGGAGGAAGAGGAGGAAGAGGAGGAAGAGGAAGAGCUGCUCCCAGUCCACGGAUCCCAAGAAGAUGCGAAGACUCGGGCGUAUGAAUUGGCUCCCACCGGCAGCAGCCAGACUCCAGGGACCAGCAGCAGACACAGGCACGAGGAUGCUGGGCCCCAGGCCUCGUCGGACGUGGAGGUGGAGGGCAUCGUGGGGCCCAGCUUGUCACCACCCUCGGUCACCCCAAGCACGGUGGCCCUGGGGCCUCGGGACUUCGCCAGCCAGGAGGCAGGGGCCACGGCGCUGCCUGCCGCAGAGCUGGGGGUAGAGUUUGAGGCCCCUCGGGAGGCCAAUGAGGAGGCCACGGUGGGAGAGGCUGGUCUGGCGGGCGACCAAGGGGAGCCCGCAGCCCCUCGCACCCAAGCGCCCGGCAGGGCUGAGGCCCCAGGCGAAGGUCACCUGGACCCUGGAACCUCUGCCCCCCGAGCCGUGGAACUGACACCUUCCCCUGCUACCCCGGGGCAAGAAGAUCUCAGCCAGCAGCCCCCGGACGGGCGGGCGGCGGAGGCUCAACCCAGAAUCCCCUGGGACUCCACUCAGGUAAAGCGAAGGCGCACACAGCCGCCCGGCUGA